CGCUUAAUGAAAACAUGGCAACUACUGUAAGUAGGACAAUGUUGAUGUUCGGACAGUGUGUGAAUUCUAAUAUGAGAAAAACGGCCAAGAUUAGCGUAAUGCGCAUGGAACUAAAUCUGCGUAUACUUAAGCAUUUCAAAGAAAGAAGUGAUUUUUAUGCUUAUGAUCCAGAAGAAAAAUGUAAGCCAGGUGAUUAUGUCCUGAUCAGAGAAUUAUCUGAACCAAUUAGUCUGAAAGUCAAACAUAAGGUAGAGAAAAUUGUUUAUGAACUUGGAAACAUUAUUGACCCCAUUACAGGACAAAGAUGCUUUGGGAAGGAGUUCAUUGAGGAUAUUGAUAGAGAGAGUGAACUCUUUGGGCUAGAUCCACCAUACAAAAAGUUUAUUCGGGAACAUCCAGAUCAUGCCAUCAAGAGUCCAUUAGAGAAAACAGAUUCAUGAUGCCUUUAUGCCCAUGUCUUAGUUUAAAAUGUAGAUAAUAGAAUACCAGUAAUGUGAUGUGUUUAUCUAAGAAUAACUAUGUAGAUAUGAAAUCGGUUUUGACUAAAUUUGUUAUAUGUCAUAGGAUGUAUCUUUUUUAUAACAUUGAAUCCAUAACUUUCAUAAAAAUAUAGGUAUUGAACAUUUCAUCAAUACAAAUUUUUUUAAAUAACCCGGAUACACUACAAACAUGACACUAUAUUUUGAUACGUCUUUCUGGGCCAUAAAAUAAUUGAGAUUUUAUAACAGUAAUGAUCAACUGAAUUCAUUCUGCUUGAAAUAUACACUAAAAUACAUAUAGUCAAAUAAUUCUAAACUUAAUAAUGGCUCUUAAGUUAUUUACAAUAUACACUUCAAAUAAACAAAGCGUUAGUAGAUCAUUAGCUAAUAAAGUUAACUUUUAUCUGUUGAAUUCAUAAAAAAAACUAUAUUUUCUGUAAAAACAGGAUAAAAUUACAGAUUUCUUGCUACUCUAGCAACAAUCAAAACAAUAUUCAAAUAUAUAAAACAAAUUUAAAAAUUUCUGUGUUAACGAUGUCCUUGCAUAUACAUACUUAUGAAAAGAAAUUUAAGAAAUACAUUUAAAGAUAUGCUUUUGAAUACCAAAAACGGGAAAAGCACUGGAAACCAAUGGGUCAAAUAACUGCAAUAGAAAUAACUUAAUAUUUAUUAUUUUCUACUUUAACCAUUUUAAUUUCACCAUUAUAUAGUUUAAAUAGAAAUGUAUUAUUAGAAAAACCUUGUGGGGCUGAUUAAACAAAUGUAAUGUAAAAAAUACAAUAAACUUAACACUAUUGUCUUAUGAAAAAUGUAAUUGAUUACACUCUUUGUGCAGACAGAUCUGUGUAAUAUGUUUAAGAAACGUAUAUAUUUUAAUGUUAGAAAUUAUAAUUAUAAACAAUAGUUUUAAAGUUAUUGUAACCUAUAACUUAACCAUUUGAAUUUAGAUGCAUGUCAAAUUCUAACGUAAAAAAAUGUAAUUAUAUU